UAUGGUAAUUUCCCGUGCUUCUCUUAUUGUUAUCCCCUCGUCGUCGCUCGUUCAUAUCCCUUCCUUUCUCGCAUUGCUCGUUCAACCAGAGCUGUCGUUCGCAAUCUCUCCUCAUAUACUCCCACCACCGCUUCACUCGUUCAGCGGGCGCUCGUUGCUGUUUGCAUUGUGUUUCUUUGCAUUUUACGAUCUCGUAACGCGUUUUCCGACCUCAGCAUAAACAAUGAAGGCGGGCAUCGUCGCGUUGGCGGCGGCAUCCCUCGUCGGAUCUGCCGUCGCCGCUCCAGACUACUGGCCCGCAGCCAGCAGCAGCAGCCCAGCCGCCCCCGUCAAGCCGACAACGACCGAGGAAUGCGAAGAGGAGGCAACCUCGUCGGCAGCUGGUUACUGGCCAGCUCAUGCAAGCUCUUCGUCCGUGGCUUCGUGGAGCGCGAAGGCGUGGCCAAGCUCAGUCGCGAGCUCGUCGUCCGCUGGCUCAUGGCCAGUGAAGCCGGUGAAGAGCUCUUCGGCCAGCGCCUGGGCUGUGCCGUCUUACUUCGAGACUGCCUGGGGCUGCUGCAAGACGGUUGUUACGGUCACUGAGUACGGUAGCAUGGCCGCCAAGCCCACCGUGUGGUCAACUGCCAGCCCGGUCAGCCCGGUUCCGGUUCCAGUGGUGACGGCCUGGCCAAGCGCAGGUGUCUACACCCAAGAGGCGGUCACCGUGACCUUGACCAACACCGUGACCGUUGUGGCGCACAAGUCGCAGGCUCUCACCUCCGGAACGAACGUCUGGGGCGGUUCCUCCGUGACCGUGACCGCGCCAACCACCGUGUCUUGCGGCUAUGUUGCUCACACCACAAGCGGCAGCGUCCUCUCCGAGUACGUUGCCUGGACCACUCUGGGCUGCGAGUCUGCUGGCGUCUACACCUGCGUUCCUGCUGCGACCUCCUCGUGCAGCGAGGAAACCACCAUCACCUGGGCUGUUCCUACUGAGUACGCGCCAGGCACCUGGACCCUCCCCGCUACCACUGUGACCGCCACUGCGUCUGGCCAAAUCUGGGAAUGCCCGUUCGAGCAGGCGAAGCCAACCACCUCUAGCACCCCCGCUGCCCCAGUCGUCCAGCCUACAUGGUCCUCCCCAGCUUACGUUGCGCCCGCAUCCCCGAGCGCAACUUGGGCUGCCCCAGCCGCUUCCUCCAGCCCAGCCACCAGCUACGGCAGCGGUAGCGGUAGCAGCAUUUCCACCAACGGCAACAAGUGGGCCAUGACCUAUACCCCGUACACCACUACCGGCCAGUGCAAGACCGCCGCCGAGGUCGACUCCGACCUGGCGAGCAUUAAGAGCUACGGCUUCACCACUGUCCGUCUCUACGCUACCGACUGCAGCGGCCUCGUCAACGUUGGUGCUUCGGCCAAGAGCCACGGCUUGAAGAUCAUCCUUGGUGUCUUCAUUGAAAGCAGUGGUCUCAGCGCUGCUUGGAGCCAGGUUGAGGAGAUUGCCACCUGGGGCUCCGCAGGCAACUGGGACAACGUUGUCAUGAUCGUUGUCGGCAAUGAGGCCGUCUUCAACGGCUACUGCAGCGCCAGCGACCUCGCCGCGUUCAUCACCAAGGCCAAGGGUACAUGGAGUGCUGCUGGCUACAGCGGCUGGGUCACAACCACCGAGCCGGUCAACAUCAUCCAGCAAUACGCCUCGACCCUUUGCUCGGUCGUCGAUGUUGCCGCUGCAAACAUUCAGCCUUUCUUCACCUCGUCCGUCACCUCGUCUUCAGCUGGUGACUUUGUCGCUGGCCAAAUUGCCCUCGUGGAAGCUGCUUGUGGCAAGACCGCCUACAACUUGGAGUGUGGCUGGCCAAGCGCAGGCAGCAGCAAUGGUGCUGCUGUUCCAUCCAAGUCUGAUCAGAAGACAGCCAUCACCGAUAUCUUGGCCAAGGCAGGUGACAAGACUGCCAUCUUCAGCUUCGAGAACGAUGCCUGGAAGGAUGCUGGCGCGUUCGGCGUUGAGCAGAACUUUGGCUGCUCUGAUCUGUUUGGCAGCUCAAGCUCGUACUAAGCUAUGGGUUGUUGAAAGAUGAUAGGCGAGGACAAGCAUGCGCUCGGAGAUGCAUUGAUGAGCGAAAACCAUUCGAGAUUAAUGUAAAUGUAAAGUUUAGUGUUUAGUGUUUGAAUCAUUUUGUCUCAUAUUUACUUCACUUUUUGUGCGCAAUGUAUAUGUGAGCAUUAUUCGCUUCCCCUUCACCCUGGAGAAACUUCGUAGCGUUAUAGAGCAAUUCAAGAGCGAGUGUUUCAAA